AUGGGCAGCUUAGCAACCGAAGACAACAGCAUCUUUCCAAAGAAGCCAGUUCCAUCAGGCGCAUGGGACACCCAUCACCAUAUCUUCGAGCCGGACCGUUUCCCCUUCGCAGAAGGUCGACACUUCACACCAGCCCGCGCUUCACUUGAGGACUUACAGAAGUUCGAAAAGUCAAUCGGAGUCGACCAUGUCUGCAUUGCCCAUGGUCUCUCUUACGGACCUGACUGCAGGUCACUUCUUUACUACUUGGAGCAAUUCGACGGCCAGGCGCGGGGUAUUUGCGUGUUAGACCUGGAAACGGUUUCAGAUGAGCUCCUAGAUGAAUACCACGCGGCUGGAAUACGCUCGGUGAGACUUGACUUUUUCCGGCACAAAGCCAUGGACAACGUGCAGAUUCAAGCGGAGUUGAUCGAAGCUACGGCCAAACGACUGGCAGCCUGGGGCAGGCCAGGUUGGAGCAUUCAAAUCCAGCAACCUCAUCUUGAGUUCUGGCCUCGUCUGCGAGACGUGGUGAAUGGAUGCCCGGUACCUGUUGUGGUGGAUCAUUUUGCCUUGAUUGCUGGUAGUAGCUACCGAGUCAAUGACUAUGUCACCAAUAUCCAGGAUGAUUCGUACCUGACAGAAGGAGAAUGCAUCGGUCUCGCAGCACUUUGUGAGACACUCCGAAAUGGCAAUCUGUGGAUAAAGAUAUCUGCUCCUUACCGUUGUUCAAAUCUGGCGCCAGGCUAUGAUGACCUCCAGUGGUUGGUGAGGCGUUUUGUGGAUGCUAACCCCAGGCGAGUGGUUUGGGGAAGCGAUUGGCCCCACACCCAGCGACACAAGGAUCGGGUUGGUAAAAAUUCGACUAGUGAGGAGGCCUUUCUUCAGGUUGACGAUAAGGCCUGGAUUGAGUCCUUGAGUCGGUGGAUGUCAGAAGAUGAGUGGCAGCUUUUGUGGGUGGAGAACCCGGCUACGCUAUAUGAUUAUCAUGAGUAA